AUGUACUUCAAGGCUCUCGCCGCAGUACUAUCCAUCCCAGGGGCCUUGGCAGCCCCUGCGGUCGAGGAACGCCAAUACAGUGCCGCCCUCAUGCGAUUCGAGUGCUCCCAGCUCACCGUCGAGCGUCUCGACCCUCUGGUGCAGCCAGGCUCUGUGCCCUCUGCCCACGUCCACCAGAUCGCAGGGGGUAACUCGUUCAAUGCCUCUAUGACGCCGGGGACCUACGACCCCAGUGCCCUGUCCACAUGCACCUCCUGCACCUACGCCGACGACUUCUCCAACUACUGGACCGCGAGUCUCUACUUCCGAGCUCGCAACGGCACCUUCAAGCGGGUCCCGCAGCUGACCAACCUCGGCUUGCGAGGCAAGAAUGGUGGUUUGACUGUGUACUACAACUCUCCCUAUGACGGGAAGACCAAAACCACUGCCUUCAAGCCUGGCUUCCGCAUGAUCGUCGGAGACCCGGAGUUGCGCUCCGGUCAAGGCGGCCAGAGGCAGCUGUGCCACCGAUGCGAGGCCAACAUCCAGCAGAACCCCUUCGGAGGUGCGCCCUGCACGGGGUCAGACACCUUCGCGCUGCCAAGCGGCACCUGCGGCGGUGGGAUUCGCGCAACGAUCACUUUCCCGACCUGUUGGGACGGAAAGAACGUCGACAGCCCCGACCACAAGUCCCACGUGGCGUACCCCAGCAGCGGGACCUUCGAGUCGUCUGGCCCAUGCCCGGCCAGCCACCCAGUCAAGCUGCCACAGGUCAUGUACGAGGUGAUGUGGGACACGCGGCCGUUCAACAACAAGGCCGACUGGCCUGCAGAUGGGUCCCAACCUUUUGUCUACAGCAUGGGAGACAAGACUGGCUAUUCCUGGCACGGCGACUACCUCUUCGGGUGGAAGGGGGAUGCCCUGCAGCACGCGCUUGACAUCAGGUGUGCUGGUGACGCGUGCCAGGGCAUGAAGACACAGACUGCUGAGCAGGCCAACAAAUGCAUGAUCAAGUCCACAGUCAACGAGGACGUUGAAGGAUGGCUCACUGAGCUUCCUGGCGGUAUGCCGGUGACCUAA